AUGACAGAUGCCUUUUCAACAGCUUGGCUGGUGGAGGGUGCUGACGUGGAGCGAGAGUUAGAUGACAUCGGCAAUAUUUGGAUCCGCGGCAGAGUGUCGAAAACUGAUGGAAGGCAGUUGGCCGAUCUGGAGUAUUUUGAUGGAUCAACUGAGAUAGAUGUGCCCGCAUCAGAUCUCCGGCCACUGCUUCCAGUCUUCGUUCCCCCACCACGACGUCCAGCAGAGGUCACUGUUCUUAACAGAGCUUCAGCACGGUACAAACCAAACGACCAGCCCGAUCCACCUCAGCGAGAAAAUGCAUCCCUGCGACAGCGCAUCGCAGACCUUCGAGCAGAAGCUGGAUUGUUGGACCAGAGUGUGCAACAUUUGCGAGUGCGUCAGGAUCUGGGGCUUGCUGCACUGGAAUCUGCGAAUUCCAGUGUUGCUGAAGCUCGGUCUGGGCUGAAUCAGAGAAUGAGUUGUGCCAAUGAAUGUCUUUCAGAAAUAAUGGAAUUGGUGAACGAGAUCAAGGUCACCUUGGGUGAUGCUGCUUGCAGUGCUGGGUUUCGAGAUCUUGCUGUCCUAAACCCACAUGGAGAAGGUGCAAAGAUCGGAAAGAUCAAAGCUGAGAACCAUGAGGUCAUUGAGGCCUGGGUGCCCGUGGGAGCUUGCGAUGCACCCGGGACAACUGGCGCAGCUCAUACAGCUCGAUGUGCUAUUUCAUCAACCUUGCGCCUUAGUGGCUAUCCAUGGCCUAGUGUUUUGGAGACAACAGUGACCUGGGUUCGGCACCAUACCGCAAUUGGCUUUGCUCCAAUCAUUCUGUUCUUGGAUGAGCCUGAUUUAAGCAAAGAAGAGGCAUUGAUGAGCUUGAUCAACACAUUGGAGGCUGACAUGGGUCACGGCAUGGGGGAAUUAGUUCGCUUCGUUGGUUGCUCACAAAUGCAAGCCGCCUGGCGUGAGCAUGGACCUUUGUGGGAGGAAUUCGGUAGCCAAAGUGGCUCCGAAUUAUCAGCGAAUCUAGGCAAGGGAAUUGUUUUUACUUUACCACGAUUUGACUCGAGGAAGCAGAUCUUGAACUGUGCCACGGCUACUGAAUAUUGCCGAGCCAGUGGCUGUGCGGAGUGGCUCCUCUGCAACUUGGAUCUUGAUGAAGCCGUUUGCUUCAGCUCCCCAGGCGGCUCCUCAGGUGUGGCGGAACACUUCAGUGCUGUUGGGGACAUCUCCCAGAUUGUGUACAUAAAUCACGAGGCCAUUGUUGCAGAGGCCGACAAAAGUGGUGGAGCAACUUGGUUCGAGCACAUCCAGCACUUCAAAAUCUCUCCUGUCCUUAAGCUGCCAUUCAUGUGCCGAAGGUUUCCCAACCAUGAUGAGGAGCCACAGGUUCUCGACCAUCCCGAAGGGACUGGCGAAAAGACACUGCUAUUCUGGCAGAGGCACAACGCACGCUUGUCUGAGCAAUACAAUUUCAAGAAAAGAAGUGGUGGUAGCACUUGCUCCUACUUUGAUGGAUAUAUGCGAGGCAAAGUUGCUGUUCGUGUGAAUGCCCUCAACGAUGCUGUACCCAGAGUUCACCGCUGGCAUGGACUAGGACUGCAGACUGUGGUGUGUCACCCAGGUGCAGCCUCUAUAUUGCAUUACAUCAAUUGUGGUGGUUUGGAUUGGUUCGAAGCAAAAUACAAGGUUCGUGGCUCGGAAGAAGCCAACCGGCUAUGGUUUCACGUCCUUGCGCAAGAACGUGCCAAGAUUGGCAAAGAUGCCCUGAAAGAACUCUAUGAUGAUGUGCUGGCGAUUCCUGCUUCAGACUUGGAGUCACAAAUGGCCGAGGGUUUCGUUGUUCCACUCAACUUGGCUUCGGAAUUGAAGACGUUUGACAGUUUUUGGGGGUGGGCAGUCGUUGGACUAGGUGACGAACUUUGUGUUCACAUGCCUCUCCAAGUGCCUCCAGCUCCAGGUGCAGGUAUUGACAUGUCACUAGGGCAGCCAUUAUUUCAUGAUCUUUGUCCCGGUGAGUACAUUGAGCUGGACUUGCAUACAGAGAGUGCCGAAGUACCAGUGCUCUUCCUUCAAGUACCUCCCAACCAGCGUGGUUUCCUGGUGCUGGACAUUGCAACCACAGACAUUCUGAAUGAUGCUGGCAUUUUCUUGUGUAUUUCAUGCGACGACAACAAUCGACCAGAGUUCGUGGCCGUGUCCACCGCAAGUGAACAAUUCAGUGGAUGGCGCUGCCGUGUCCAAGCCCACAGAUGGCCAAGUUCAACGGUUGCCGUUUGGGUGGGCUGCACAGUCCUCGCAGUUGGUGGCCUUCCACUUCGUGAACAUCCUUUUGUAUCGUUUGAAGUUUUGUCGGAGUCGUAUGAAUCAUCCACACCUAAAUGCAGAGCUCAUCUCCGUUUUGAAGAUGAGCUGACUUUGCUGCCUUUGGAGCUUCAUGGAGUCUACGACAUUUUUCAUGCUGCAUACAAAGAUGUUGAUGGACAAGCCCUUGCUGAUGAGGCUGGGCAGGUCAGUUCCUUGGAGCUCACAUACGCGGAGGUGGAGUUUGCGCCUUUCUUCAACCUUUUGCAGAUGGUGGCGCAGCCUCAGCCAGGCGUAUCACAGACAGCGUUUGUGCUAGAGUGUGAGGGAGCUAUUCCUGGACAUGCUUUAUUGCACCUGCAUAUCCCCCCUUAUUGUCUUCUCUUUUUUCAGGAGAGUCGUUCUUGGACCUUGGCAGUGGCACUGGCCGCGCGCUGCUGGUUGCGGCCCUGUCAUUCCCGUUUUUAA